AAAGCUGCUGUGAACUCCUCAAAAAGCUCUCUCUUCUUUCUUUCUUUCUUUCUUUCUUUUCUUUGCUCUGCUCUCACCUCCAUUAUUUGACAGUCUCUUCAGAGCAAAUGGGGUACCUGCACAACCUCCCAAGCUGGCAUCAUGGCCCAUUGUCAGGUGUCUACUUUUCACAAUGCCCCAAACAAACAAAGCAAAAAAUGAAAAUCUCACUACUACCCUUUCUUUCUCCUACUUUCUUUACUACCUCUAUAUACUCAAAAAUGCACAAAAUUUAACAAUACCCAUAUCGAGAUAACCCCAAAAUAUACAAAUAAAGAAAAAAAAAACUGAUCUUUUUCACAAAUAUCUUGUUUUUUCCUUCAUAUGGGUACAGUUUGUAUUAUGAUUUUGAACCUAUAAUGGAACUGGGUUCAGUUUCUUCUUCUGGUAAUUCAAGCUCAUCUGAUUCUUUGAAUGGUUUGAAGUUUGGUAAGAAAAUCUACUUUGGAAAUGUGGGUGUUGGAGUUCAGGUCAAGAAUGGAAGUGGGUCGUCGCCGGUGACCGGAGAUGGGAACAUGCCACCGGCUCCGGCGACGACUAAGAGGGGGAGGGGUGGGUUGGUGCAGGGUGGUCAUCCACCUAGGUGUCAAGUUGAAGGUUGUCAGGCAGAUCUGAGUGAUGCUAAGGCUUACUAUUCUAGGCAUAAAGUUUGUGGUAUGCACUCUAAGUCUCCUACUGUUGUUGUUGCUGGUCUUGAACAGAGGUUUUGCCAACAGUGUAGCAGGUUCCAUCAAUUAACUGAAUUCGACCAGGGGAAAAGGAGUUGCCGCAGGAGACUGGCAUGCCAUAAUGAGCGUCGUAGGAAGCCUCCAUCUGGAUCUCUUUUCUCUACACACUAUGGGAAUCUUUCUUCAUCAAUAUUUGAAAAUAAUAGCAGCAGAUCCGGAAGCUUUCUGGUCGACUUCAGCUCACACCAAAAUGUCAAUGAUAGUUCAUGGCCAAAUACUCGAGCAUCUGAACAAGGAUGGGAUCAUCAAUCAUCAGGGAAGUUCCUUCAACGUCCUUGGCUGAAUAACUCUGAAAAUGCUGCCAGUGAGCUUGUUUUGCAAGGUUCAGCUACCAGGACCAGUUAUCCUAGUGUUCCUUCUGGAGACUAUUUUCCUGGAGUCUCAGAUUCAAGUGGUGCUCUCUCUCUUCUGUCAAAUCGGUCCUGGGGAUCAAGGAAUCGAUCCCCAAGUCUUGGGGUUAACAGCCAAGUUCACAUUGAUGGGGUACACACCAUUCAACCUUCAGGUUCUCAUGGUGCACCUACCAAUCACUUCUCAAGCCCUUCAUUGAGUUUUAAAGGAAAUGAAGCUAGCAGUAGUUCACAUGAGAUGCCUCCUGAUCUCGGUUUGGGUCAAAUGUUACAAGCUUCUGAUAAUCCAUACUGUGGCGAGCUUGGGAUGGCUCAGCAUGGUGAUGGACGACAAUACAUGGAACUGGACCAGUCCAAGGGUUAUCAUCCUUCUGUUCAGAAUGUGCACUGGACUCUUUGAUUGUCCUCUCCUUCGUUUAUGAUCAGGAUUGUAAGACUAUUUUGUUCAUUAUCUAGUUUGAUAUCUUAAAGGGCUGUCUGUGGACAAAUGACCUUUACUAUUAUGCCAACUACUGUGCAUUUCUGUUGGGCUAGACCCCAGAUGACUAUCGUUUUCUUCUUUAACUUUUUGAUGACUUACUUCGGUUUUUUCCUCUUGCUAAAUGAUAUUCAAGGGGUUAAAUGAAGUUUGAACAU